GGCAGGAGGAGCUCGGCACUGUUACCUGCGCAGGGCGGUUCUGGGCUUGCCACUCCUCUGUGCGAGGGUGAAGGGCAGCUCCCUCACCUCCUCCUGAUAUCUGCCCACUGCUAGGCAGAGGCAGCUCCCUCCCAAGGCAGGCACGAGUGCCACACGGAAGUCACAGCACCACUCGGUUCACAUGAGACCUCUGAGACCUUGGGCAAAGGAGCUGGGGAAGGAAACCACAGCGUGAGAGAGCCCAGGAGCCUCCAGCCCAUCCUGCACGCCAGCCCUCUCCUUAGGGAUCUGCCCCGAGGGGACAGAGGGACACCGAGGAAGGCUCUGCACUUCACCAUGCAGGAUGAAAUUCUGCUGACUCCCUGCAGGGAAUUCCCUGCUGAGGACACGGACUCCUUUGCCUCCCCGAAUGAAGAGAAAUGGGAUUUUGUCCUGGUGAGUGACAUCCACGAAAUGGGCAGUGAGAAGGAGAUCAAGAGGAAGAAGUUCCUGGAUGAGCUGAGCAAGAAGGGCUUCACCAUCAAGAAAAUUGAGGACACAAAGCUCUUUUAUGGAGUCCGUGCCCCGCAGCAGAUCUUCUGGAAAUACCAGUGUCUCAUGAUGAACCCCAACAGCAGACAGCAAAACUCCAGUGCCUACCAGGACGUCCCAGUGACCACCAGGAUACGGGUCGUGCACUUCAUCCUCCAGAACACUGUGACGUCUGACUUAGAGAAGCUGCAUGACCUGAUGAAGAAGAAGGUAUUUGAGGCAGCUUUUCCCCUGCACAAGAAAGAAGAGAUAAGGGAAAUACUAAAGAAGAAGUGGGCUCGCUGGAGAGUUCUAUUUAAGGAACAGCCAAUUGAGGAGAUCAGGUGCUAUUUUGGAGAGAAGGUGGCCUUGUACUUCGCCUGGCUGGGCUGGUACACCUACCUGCUGAUUUUUGCUGCCCUGGCUGGGCUGGCAACUGUGGCAGCUGGGGCUACUGUUUUCAGUUCCAGCCAGGUGAGCAAGGAGAUCUGUGAUGCCAACAACACCAUCAUGUGCCCGCUCUGUGACCAGAACUGCUCGUUCUGGCUCCUCUCUGACACCUGCACCUAUGCCAAGGUCACUCACAUGAUUGAUAAUGAGGCCACGGUGGUGUUUGCCAUGUUCAUGGCCAUCUGGGCCACUGUAUUCCUGGAGCUAUGGAAGAGGGAGAGAGCCAAUGUGGUCACCAGCUGGGACCUGUAUGGGUGGGAUGAGGAAGAGGAGGAACUGGCUCUGCAGCUGAUCAAUAACUCGCAGCACGAACCCCGGCUGUACCAGCACUCCUACUUGCGCAGCACCAUCGUUCUCAUCUUGGCCCUGCUGAUGAUCAUGGUGCUGAUCGGCAUCGCCCACGCACUUGUCAUCUACCGGGCAGUGGCCACAGCUGUGUUCAUGCAGAACGACAUGAACCUGCUGAGAAAGCACGCCGACAUCAUCGCCGUGAUGACGGGGGCCGUGCUGCACUACAUCACCAUCAUCAUCAUGACCAAGGUGGGGAGCCUUGGCAGCGUGCCUGGCAGGAUUUCCCCAUGGCCAACCCCCCCAUGUUCAUCGUAUCCCUCUGUCCUGCAGGUCAACUGGCGAGUGGCCCUCUUCCUCUGUGACCUGGAGAAACCACGGACCUUCUCCCAGCGGGAGAAUAGCUUCACUGUGAAGAUCUUCCUCUUUCAGUUCUUCACAAACUUCUCCUCGCUCAUCUACAUUGCCUUCUUCCUGGGACGGAUCAAUGGCCACCCAGGGCACUACGCGCGCAUUGCUGGCCACUGGAGGCUGGAGGAGUGCCACCCUAGCGGCUGCAUCACCGACCUCUUCAUUCAGAUGGCUGUCAUCAUGGUGCUCAAGCAGACCAUCAGCAACAUCAUGGAGUAUCUCAUCCCCUUGAUAUCCCACCAGCUACGGAAGAAGAAAAAGCACCCCAAGAAGAGAAGACUGAUGUUAGGAGAGGAAGAGGAGGCAGAGGACCCCUGCAAAAGGCAGUGGCUGAAUAACUAUGAACUCAAUGAGGUCAAUGUAUUCAGCUUGUUCAAUGAGUACCUGGAGAUAGUGAUCCAGUACAGCUUCACCACCAUCUUCGUGGCAGCCUUUCCCCUGGCCCCGCUGCUGGCCCUCGUCAACAAUGUCAUUGAGAUCCACAUGGAUGCCAUCAAGAUGAUGCGGCUGCGCCGGCGCAUGGUGCCCAGGAAGGCCAAGGACAUCGGGAUCUGGCUGCAGGUCCUAGAGGCCAUUGGCAUCCUGGCUGUCAUCGGGAACGGGCUGGUGAUCGCCAUCACCUCCGACUUCAUCCCCGUGCAGGUCUACAAGUACAUGUACAGCCCCUGCACGACGGAGAACCACACCAGCAUGGACUGCUCCACCGGCUACAUCAACAACAGCCUCUCCGUAUUCCACAUCCAGGACUUUGAGCCCCACACCAAGGUGUUGCCAGAAUUUAAAGGGGAGCAGAUCAAGGAGUGCAGGUACCGGGAUUACCGGAACGCUGACGACUACACCUACACUGUCCAGUUCUGGCACAUCUUCGCAGCCCGGCUCGCCUUCCUCAUCCUCUUCGAGCACGUGGCUCUGUGCGUGAAGCUGAUUGCAGCCUGGUACAUCCCCGACACCCCCCAGAAGGUCAAGAAUAAAAUUCUGACGGAAAAACACAUCAAUCUCCGUAAUGAACUGAGGGAGAGGAGUCCUUCCCCUGCUACACCGUGGGGUCCCUUCCCACAGGAGAGAGUUCUCUGCAACCCUCUCCACCAUGGCUCCAAUCUCACAAGCAGGAAUCCUCCCAAAACUGCUGCAAUCACGGCAGAAUACUCCACCGAGGUGUAGCCACCACUCACCAAGGAGAAGGAAAACACGGACUUGAGCCCCUUUCCCAGUCUGGCAGUGCCAGGGGUGCCAGAUGAACCCCAGGACAUGGUGCCACACAUCCCAUCUGGACGUGAGCUGGGAAGUGAUGACAAGACAGUGGCUUCACAGGAGCAGGCUGCUUUCUGACUUGGGAAGGAAGGAUGCUGUGGCAGAGCCGGGAUGUGCCUCCCCGGCACGGGGAGUGGCUGGGACAGAGCCUGGGGACAAACCCAAGGGCAGCGCCCAGAUGCUGUGCUGCAGGACAUCACCUGGGUCCUUGUCACUCACUUCCUUAAGCACAGGAAACACCGCUGACCUCGUUCCAGGCUCCCUCUCCAGCCCUUUUGCUGCACUUUGGCCUCUUUUUCCACCGCCUUCCGUGACCUCCUCACUCUCGCACCCCCAGGGCGCUUGAGUCCCUCUUUCACCAAACUCCUCCCCAUGUGUCACGACUCCCACACGGCUGCAGCUCCGCCCGGCUGUCUCCAUGGACGCGGCUCCACGGUAACUGGGAAAACGCCGCUGUUAUCUCGCCUUUAGCUCCGGGCUCAGCCGGGUCCUGAGAGUGCUCCUGGCUCAGCAGCCACCAGCCACCGGUAAAUAAAGACAGCACCCACGUGGACACGCUGCCUGGUAUUGCUCCUGCCUUCCUCCUCUGCCACCCCAAAGCAUCCCCCAAAACCUUUCCUUGUCUUACUGGGGACAAUCACAGCAGGUGGCAGCUGCAGUGCCCAAUCUGAGGGCUGUGUGGGACAGCAGGAUUUGGCCAUGCACAGUGGGAACACAGCCUGGUAAACGUUCCAGGAUAAUGGAAAUAGCUGGGGAAAUGGGAAAACCACAGCAAAUCUGUUGUAUUGCACUAAAUAGUUUAUUUAGUCGUUGUUU